AUGUUGAAUGAAAAGCCUCCUUAUUACAAGUAUCCAACAAAAAAGCCACUUUUUACACGAACUACAACUUGGCUGAUGAAUACUGACGAGGAUAUCGAUGAGGAUGGCGACGAUGAUGAUGGUGGUGAUGAUGAUGUGAAUGAAGACAAUGCCAGGGGAGAAGAAAGAAGCUCUAACAGAAAUGACGGUAUUAGUAGUAGUAGUAGCAGUAAGGAAUCCUCCCCAAAUUGGAAAAUAAAAGAUAGCCACAAAGAGAAUCUUAAGAGUAGAACAGUGAAUUCAACCAAAUCCGUGUCCAAAAAACUACCGCCUACUCUAAAGAAGAAGAAGAACAAUGAUCAGGACUCACAUUUAUAUCAUUUAUUCCAAGGGAGAUUUAUUUCACGUAUCACCAAAAAUAAACCACUUCAAUCAAUUAUUUUAGGAUCGAAAAUCUCAGCUAUAGCAUUGAAUCCAGCACAAAUAUCUCGAUCGUAUAGUACAAGUGCACUGUAUGAUGAUAGGUGUAUUGAAGAAAGUAUUUUUGAUCAAGGAUUACAAAGACUAUCAAAAAAUUUCGAAAUUUCUAACCUAUUAUCAAAUGAGAAUUCGACAAAAUACUUCUGUGGAAGAAAGCCUCAAAAGUAUUUGUCUUCAAAGGCUUCAUUUAUUAGUAGAAUCAAGAAGAAUUCUCAAUCUACGGUUGGUAGACAUUUAUCCUAUAUUGAACCAUCCCACUCAGAAUUAAUAUUAAUUCGAAAAAAUGGUUUACAUCAUACCUAUAGUAUCUAUCAGUUGGAUAAACAUUCGUUGAAUCCAAUUAGAAUAUUUCCAAUGCAUCCACAUACACCAAGACGAUGUGCUUGUUGUACGCCGAAGGAAAAUCAAGCCUUCAUGACAACAGAUUCUUUAUAUCCUUAUUGUUCAUACAAUCAUUUUGCAGACCGGUCAUCAGGAAUACAAUCUGGGAUAUAUGAUACAAAUCAACAAUCGUCUACUUGUCGUUCAUUUCAACAGAUCACAACAGAUAAUGAUGAUGAUGAUGAUGCGAAAUCAUUGAUCAGCAAGAUUAGUAUGAAACAAGAUCAUCGUCAACAAAGUAAGCGACCCGAUCAAUUGCACGGGGAUUGUGAUGAUGAGACAGUCAACCCCACACAUGAAGUGAUUACUCAUCAAAAUAAAAUCAUUCAAACUGACAGUUGUUUACUACAACCAGCCGGAUAUAAACAGAAAGGCGUACAAACUGAUCUCAUUUAUUGUGUUCGAUCUGCAUACGGUGGGGCAAUCAAGGUAUAUAAUAAUCAUCCACAGAAUAUGAAUACAAAAUUAGAGUAUUGUCGACAGACGAGUAAGAAAACACUAGCAUUAUUGAAGAAAGGGAAUUUUCGAAAGAGAAGGACAACAACGGCAACAACAACAACAGCGGCGACAGCGAAAGCGACAGAGAGACAUAGAAAAUUGUAUAAACCGGUGAAAUAUUUUUCAGUAAGUCCAAUGAGAAAAUAUUAUCCUCUGACAGCUGGAAAGACAAAACCCUACCGGAUGAUGAAUAAAUUUGCGGAUAAAUAAUUGUCGAGAAACGCAUCCUUCUGGAAGGUGUUCAGUUGGCUUUCAUUUUAUGUCUUCUGUUAAAUUCAGUUUUUAUUUUAUUCGUAUUUUAUCCAUCAUUAUUUUACUGUUUCCGCGUGGAUUGAAUGUCACUAUAUAUACAUGCCUGUUUUGGUUAAUUUAUUUAUUGAUUGAUUAGAAGGUGUGAAUACUUGUCUACAUGAUGAAGGUCUGUUCU